AUGUUCCUCACGCAGUCCGACAUCAGUAUUACCUAUUCUCAAGAUGAUGCGGUCCUAGACGGUUCUUUCUCUUUAGAUCCUAUCGACUUUCUUGGAGUCCCGCGGAACUAUGAUUACUUCGACAUCCCGGACCUCUUCCUCUUUGAGGAUCUUUGUCCCGAGUCCACCUCCGAGGUCAUUGUCUCCGGAGCAUCACCUACGCAUAUGGGAGCCUUGGAAGCGACAGCAGCUCCGCCGGAGACAGACACCAUGGAUUCACCCCAAUACAUUCCUGAAGUCGACACGCACUAUUCUGAGCCCUAUUUUCCCCUGCCGUCUCCUGGUCUCUCCGAUGCAGUAUGCGUCCCCGCCUACUAUCCACAGGAUGUGCACUACGCUUUUGAUCCUGUUCCUUCUGCCUCGCCGACGGUAUACGGCAUUACCAGGUCCUUGGCCGAGCUCUCUCUGCUCGACUCGGGGAACAUUACGCCGUACACUCCACAGCUCGCCGUUCCUAUCACAUCUCCGCCGACUCCCUUCUCUUCCGACUCGGAAGUUCUUACAGACAGCAGCAGCAGCGAGAGCUCCAGCGACGAUGAAUCUAGUCCGUCGAGCUCACCUAGCGUCUACACGACGACAACAUUCCGUUCUGCAUCGACCGCACCUUUGCCCUCGUCUUCUUCUCGCUCGCCCCCACGCGCGCACACGCGGCGGAACUCCCCCUACACGCGCGAUCAUCCCCAAAGGUCAUCGAAGAAAGCGAGAUCUGACUCGUCUUCUACGCCUGAAAACAUUCCCAGACGUACGAAGCCGAGGAAUAUACAGACCAACUAUUCCUUCCACGAACUCGAGGCGAUGAUCGCAAAGGGCUCGCGCCGGUGUCCGGUCGAUGAGUGUUCAUUCACGCCGGCGAGUGGGAAGCGAGACGAUCUGGUGCGCCACAUCAAGACGCACUGCGAGGACAAGGGCGAAGAGUGGGUCUUGGAAUCGUUGGUAACAUUCAACGCUCGAACAAUCCCGACUUGGGAGAUACCUGACCAAACGACGAGCUGCUUGAAGGUGCUCAAUCCAAGAGAUGCCUUGAUGCGAUACGUUCAGUGGUCAUCCCCGUGCGAUAGAAACGUUAACCACAGGAUCACCGUUGUGCCGAAUGCUGCAGUCCUCAAGUCGGAAUCAGGGUCUCGCGGACAGUCUACUACACUCCUCGUCUCUGCUCAGGGCGGUCCUUCUGCAUGGAACGCGCCAUACAUAGGCCGUCAAUAUCUGCUACCCUCAGAUCUCGAAUCGUCUGUCUUCUCGUCUGAUGACUGGUUUAUGGAGAACUUUGCCAAUACAACAGGGGAACCUACUGUAGCAGAUGCUCCUGCUCCUGCUCAUCUGAGUACGAAUCGGUUGUACAGGACGCACGCUGAGUCUGUCCAUGUUGCUGUUCCGGACAUACACUCGCGUUUCGCGGGACACACUGUAUCGGCUUCGAGCCCAUACGAGAUCUCUCGGAGCGCGGGACCUUCUGUCCCAGCAUACUUUGGCUCCCUGGAAUAUGAUAUGUACCCCGAACCAAUGGCGAACUUAUCCUUGCAGGCCAUCACACCAGCUGCCGGUACAUCACACCAUCCUGUCUUCGCUGUGCCCGCAGUGGUCUCCGAACCAACAACGGACAUUUUCUACUCCAGUUCGCCCGAGCACCCGUCGCCUUCUGUAUACACGAAUUCUCCAGACAGCUCCUCGUCCUGCUCUCCUUCGUUAUCAUCGCCCACGUCGCCCUUCACUUCCAGCGAUCCAGACCGGGUCCGCACAUCGUCCGCACAGCGCUCGCCAGCGCCGAAGAAGACACGCCGUCGCGCCCCCUACUCGAGCGAAUCUGCAAAGUCUCGACGGAAAACGUCUCGCUCGUCGUCUUCCUCCUCGAGCGUCAGCACGCCUUUGCCCACAGGCAAGCGGCGUCUUGCACCACCCCGCAAUAUCCAGGCUCCCGUUGACGUCGCUGCGCUUGUCCGUGAUGAUUCCCUACAAUGCCCGGUGUGUUGCCUCUCCAACAAAGUCUGGGUGUGCUGCGGUGUGCCGGAGGAGAUGGCGGGUAUGUAUGAGAUCAGGAAUGGUUCGACGCGACUGGAGCACAAGGGUCAGUGGAUGGUGGGAGGAUGUGGAAUCGAUUUCAGUCGGAAGGACUCUUUGAUUCGGCACCUCAAGGACAGUAAGGAGCCGUGUACUGCCGAUCUCGCUUUGGGUGAGGCACUGGGUUGGUUUGACAAAUGA